CAAAACUAUACAUAAAACUGGUAGUUUGUGGAAACAAUGAGAUCUUAAACCAAAACCAAACGUUUGGCUAAUGUAUGGCACUUUCCCUGUCCUGUGUCCCUGUAUGCGUUAACGGGGUCCCCAAAAUGCCGCAGUGUGUAGCGCGGUUCCUGGAUCCACAUAGGCCAAUUGCAGAAGUGGCUGCCAGGAGUGGAGGCCUGGUCCACAGGCUACAGGUUAUUUACUGUCUGCCUAAGUAAUAACUUGGGGACUCAGAAUCACGAGGUAAACAAACUCAAAUCCAAACAAACUCUGUGCGGUUCCUACCCUCAGCACGGAAGCUUUAGCUCAACUUUCCUACAAUGUAACCCGGGGCCUCAUGCUGGAACCUGGAAGCUCAGCCAAAUUACUUCUGCGACCCUUCUCUGCUGGUCUAUUGUUGGCUAAUCGCGAGGGCGUGAGCCUCGAGAUAGUCAUCCAUUGGUUAGAAGCCCGGCCCUAAGUCUUCAAUCUCCAAUUAGGAUUCAGGGGUGGAAGAAUGCCUGUGGAGAUGGGGACCGGAGCGGAGCCCCGGUUGAGUGGGGGGGGGGGGUGUGCUUCAAAUCUUGGCUUCGUUCUCUACCCUGAUAUGGGUCUCCCUCUUGUAAAGAUUAUAGCUUUGAAACAGACACUUAGGAAUCCCGUGUACCAGUCACUACAAUCUCAGCUUUUUGCUGACUAGACAUCAAGCCCUCAGCUAGCACUGGGGAAACUGACGGAAAGGGUGUGGGUUUCUAUAGUUUUUUUUUUUUUUUUUUUUUUUUUUUUUUUUGGUUCUUUUUUUCGGAGCUGGGGACCGAACCCAGGGCCUUGCGCUUCCUAGGUAAGCGCUCUACCACUGAGCUAAAUCCCCAGCCCCGGUUUCUAUAGUUUUAUUUCCCUUUGCAAAUGGACAGCGUCUUAAUUUUGCUCCCAGAUGCAGGCCCGGACAGUGGUUCCUGGCCAGGUGCAACCCAAGCCUCUCCCUUCCCCCACCCCUCCUACACUAAACUCCAUGAACAGCAUAGGCAGGCGGGGCUUGACUGGGCAGGACCAGGAUACAAGAUCCUGGUGGAAAGAAAAGGUGUAGUGUUUGGGGCUUCAGCGGGCUAGGCUGGUUUGGCAGGACAAAGCUCUCUCAAUAACAAUUAAAAAAAAAAAAAAAGGUAAUACCCAAUGGGACUAUUUUUCUGAACCCAAAAGAUAAGACCUGAAGUGUGUUCUCCUGCAAGGGGCUGCCUCGUAAGCAUGGAGCUCGGGUGCCCUGAGUUGCUGGAACCCCCAGAAGAUAUCUUCUCGACAGGAUCUUUCCUGGAGCUGGGAUUUAAUGGUCCCCCGUCAAAGGGCCUUCAGAAGAGCGAGUCUGAUGAUUUCCUGAACCUCUUUAUCGAUCCCAAUAUGAUACGCUGCUCAGAAACAUCUCCUGGUAGUGACAGUGGGGUCUCUGAAGAUCCUGGCUCCCCUGCCCCACAGGCACCCAGUUCCCCAGCCCUCUAUGAAGUUGUCUAUGAGGCAGGAGCCCUACAGGGAACCCAGCGGGAAGCUGGGCCAACCUUCGGACUCAUCUCCAUCCAGAUAGAUCAGUGGAGCCCUGCAUUUAUGGUACCUGGUGCCUGCACAGUCAGUGAUCUGCCCUCUGAAGCUCAUAGACACAUCCUGCCUAGAGUCAGCACCAUAGCCCCACCACCUCCUGCAGCCCUGCUGUCCUGCCAACGUCUGUUCCUGACAGAUGAAGAAAAGCAUCUGCUGGGACAAGAAGGGGUUACUCUGCCCUCUCACCUGCCCCUCACCAAGGCAGAGGAGAGAAUACUCAAGAAGAUCAGGAGGAAAAUCCGCAACAAGCAGUCAGCUCAGGACAGCCGGCGGAGGAAGAAAGAAUACAUAGAUGGGCUGGAGAGCAGAGUGGCAGCCUGUUCUGAGCAGAACCAGAAACUGCAGAGAAAGGUCCAGGAGCUGGAGAGGCAGAACAUCUCGUUGGUGGCGCAGGUCCAUCAGUUACAGAAGUUCACUGCUCAGACCUCCAGCAGAGCUGCCCAGACCAGCACCUGUGUUCUGAUUCUUCUUUUUUCGUUGGCUCUCAUCAUCCUGCCCAGCUUCAGCCCCUUUCAGAGUCAACCAGAAGCUAGGUCUGAGGGUUAUCAGCUUCAUGGAGUCAUUUCCAGAAAUAUCUUGACUCAUGAGGACAUGACAGAAAGCCCGGAGAGUCCAGUGCUAAAGGCCAACCUGGAGGAGCUACCUCAAGUCCCAGCCACAAAUGGCUCAACAAAGAUGGCUCAUCUGAAGAUGCGAGUGAAGGCCAGACCCACUGGGCCGAUCAGGGGAAUGGUGCAUGCAGAUGAGAUGUAACUACACAAGAAGACACCCAGGCUUCCCUGUCACCUUUCAUCAGGUUCCCAUUGAGGAGUCCACAGCCCUGGAGUUCUGACUUACUCAGAACACAACUGGAGACUUCUGUCCCCUAAGGCCAGGCUGCCUAUGUGGCAGGGUACCUCAAAUACUUCUGUCAUACAUUUGUGAUUUCAUUUCUUCUCUGUGGAUAAGGUCAGGGGGAGAAAAGGUUUGACUUGGAAAUAAACUUCCUAGCUCAAAUUCUA